AUGAUCAACCAAUGCUUGGGCAAUGCCGUAUCCGACACCAGCGCUUGCGCCGGUGAUGAGUACAAACGUCUGCUUCGGUCCUUUGCGUUUGUAGGCCGCGAGAGCCUGGGAGACUGGUGCGAAGUGGAAUCGAACCAAAUCAAUGAAUGCAACCAGGUAGACCAGAAUAGUUACGACGCCGACAGUCGCGAGUAUCUAGAGCCAUAA